GGAGAGCAGGCAGUAUCCUGGCAGUCAGUGGGUGAGAGGAGUUCCGUACAGAGAUGUCCUGAGAGUCACUUUGGCAGGUUGUGAGAAAAUCUGAAGACAAAACGUUGAACCUCGCACUUGCUUUCACGAGGGACCAUUUAUUGUCUGUGCUGUAGAGGGGUUGGAUAACGCAGACCUGAAGGGAUUGACUUGUUGGUAUGCAAAGCCACUGUGUCAGAUAAGGAGUCUUAGAAGAAAAAAAUGGAGAAAUGCAGAUCUCGCCCUCGGAGGCCUGACAAGGCAUUAUAUGUUCCUAAGGCUAGAAGAAGCAUAGAGCCACAGGACGAACAUGGAGUUGAAAAGCCCCCCGAAGAAAUAAGUGUCUGCAACUUGCAUCAAAAAAGCAAUGGAAGUAGCGAAAAAAAACUACGUCACAAGAAAGCCACUCACAAGAAUAGGCCAGACAGUGCCAAGCAUAGCCCCUGUUCUAAAGCUUUUGAACCAGAAGAGACAGAAGGUAGACUUCACAAAUUCCCAGCAUCUCAGCAAUAUGCUGAACAAAAGGAUAGGAAUCAAGCCUGCAGUCAGACACAGGCGGAAGAAAACCAUUCAUUAUGUGGAGCUGUUAAUAGCCUAAGCAUUAAUGAGAGAAGGGAAACAUUAUCGCUGGACUUAGAUGAAAGCUUUGUGUAUGCAUCUCAUGUUGAUCCUGUUCAUCAUAGCAGCUUUUUAUCAAAGGUACCUGAACAGGUUGCCUCCUGGUGCUAUAGUGACAGCCAAAGACUUGGAGAACAGUCUGCAAAUGGAAGGACAGGGUCAGCAGAGAUUAAGAUGGAACAGGAUAGGUCCACAAAGGUAGAACACACCAAAGAAAGAUAUCAGUCUAGUAUGGAAGUAGAAUAUUCUUCAGAGUAUACAGACUUAUGUGAAUAUGACCACAUGAUGUCCCCAAGCGUAGUCAAAUUAUCAAGCAACAAGAAACAGGUAACAGGCACAGAUGUCUUGUUUGUAUGUGAUAGCGAAGUCUUAAAUUUAUCAUCAAGUUCUAUACACAGCAGCUGUGAUAUUGUAGCACAAAGUACAGACAAUGCAACUGAAGAGCUGCAUAGUGCUUCACUCUCCGAUACAGAUAGUGCCCAAGUAAUCUACACAACUGACACUAAUAUUCCCAUAGACAUAUCUGGGCAGCUUACUGUCUGCUUAAAUGAUACUGAUAAAAUAAGUACUGUAGUUUCUUAUGAAAAGCAGAAAAAUAUUGCGGAGGAGAAAUUAGAUUUAUCACCUCCAGUAACACAGAACGCCUCCGAACACAUGAUAAAGGAUAUCGGCAGCAUUGUCUGCGCUAGUAAUCCCAGUAGCAUCACUGCAGAUGAAAACAUCACAGAUUUAAAAGAAUGUGCGGAUGAAAGAGGCAAAGGUGUAAUAGAUGACAUUCAUUCUUCCAAAACCCCAAUAAAAUGUGACAACGCAAACACUGAACCACAAAAUUGGAAUGAAUCUAGAGGAUCAUCUGAGGAUAGGGUUGAAGGCAGCUGCAGUGAUAUGAAUAAUGCAGAUGUAGGGUUAGAAAACGUUUGUCAUAUGACAGAGUGUGAUGUUAGAACAGAGGUAUGUGCAGAACCAGUGUCUGCUGUAUUAUGUGUGAGUUCUGAAACAGGCAUAAGCUGCUCAGGUGAUCUGCAGGGUCCAAACAUACACAAUACAAUGAUUGAUUGUACACGGGAGGGGACUGACGAUGCAUUAAGUAACAAGACUAACAAAGAGGACAAUGUGGAAAGACCAUGUGCGACCUAUUGCGAAACUUCAAAAGACAGCACAGCUCAGUGUGAUGGGAGUGGUGAUGGUGCUGAAAGCUGGGAUAACCUAUUCACUGAUGAUGGAGACUGUCUUGACCCUCAUCUUUUGGAAGAGCUCACAAACAGAGAGAAGACUGCAAAGACCUUACAGGCAACCAAAUUUAACUACUACGACUACGAACCCGAAGAACCAGAAAUGGAUGAUUUUGAUUUGUCGCACGUGAUUGAGAUCUACGAUUUUCCUGCGGAAUUUAAGACUGAGGAUUUAAUGCGCUCUUUUGCCAAUUAUCUGAAGAAGGGAUUUGACAUUAAAUGGGUGGAUGAAACGCACGCUCUUGGUCUUUUCUCCAGUCCGAUUACAGCCCGGGAUGCAUUGUCUAUGAAGAAUCCUAUACUAAAAGUGAGGCCACUGUCUCAUGCAUCGAAAGCUUCUAGAGCCAAAGCCAGAUCCUGUUCCGAGUUUCUACAGCCGGCCAAAGAACGUCCAGAAACGUCUGCGGUUCUUGCAAGGAGACUUGUGAUUAGUGCCCUGGGAGUACGAAGUACCCAGACCAAAGCAGAGAGGGAGGCUGAACGAAAGAAGCUACAGGAAGCUAGAGAGAGAAGGCAUUUGGAAGCAAAGCAGCGUGAAGAUGCUUGGGAGGGAAGGUGAUGACACUGAUGUUUGAACACAGCAAGAAGAAUGACAUGUAUCUGUAAUAUCUAUAACAGAGAGCUUCCUAACAAGCAUACAUUUUUUUUUUGUUUGGUAGAGAUACAGUGUUUGACUUACUCUUAAAUCAUUUGUUUAGCUGUGUAGGACGAAAAGGGUUUGCCUUACAUCGGAGACAUUUUUUUUAAAGUGUGUAUGAAAUACUUGAUAACAAGUCGAGACUGGAAGAGAGUGACGAAUUUAAAAUUUUUAAUCCAAAUUAGCUUUUCUCUGUUCAGUGUUUUUAAUAUUGGUAAAAACUGUAAGAGUGUGAAUUUAUUUCUAAUUUUAGCAACAUAUUUUGAGUUGACAAAUAUUCAUCGUACAUCCAGGCCUAGAAAAGUAUCCAAGAAUGGAUGAAUAUUUACCUGGAGGAAGUAGUGAAACUGCAUAUCUGCAAAAUAUCCUAAUCUUUCCUGUUUGUGAAAUGAGAUUUUCUCUAAGUGCCUCGUUCUAAAGUUGAUAUGUUGGGUGUCAGUGUUUUCCCAAAGUUUCGAUAGUCACUGACAAACGAUUGUCUGUAGAGGGCAAUGGGAGAUGUAUCACUAUGUUAGUUUGGAUGUAAACCAAACUAAGCUAUCUCAUCCGUAGAUUGUUUGGCAAUGGCUCUUGAAUUGGCACUACACAGCCCUAAUUAUGACCCUCAUUCAAUAUUUUUGGAUAAGCUUUUAAAAUGAUUUCAUAUUUUUGAACACUUUGUGCACCAAACUACUUCAUUAGUGCCUGGUGCCAGCUUGCCUUUAGGGAAUAAACCGUUCAUGAAUGAUGUAACCCC